UGAAUCGUACUGCCUGAGGACUUCCGGUCUCUUUGUUGAUCGAUAGAAUUUCUGUUUCAUUAGAAUUUGUUUAUUGGUUAUUUUUGGCAAUUAUUUAAAAUGAAUAGGUAUUAAGAAUUGUUAUCGAAAAAAUUAAAAACUUUUAUUGUUUCGCAUUGAAAAAGUAAUUCGCCAUUGUGAAUAGCGCUAAACUUUCUUGAGCUUCUCUGCAACGACAAAUAUAAGUUCCAUUUCUUAGGUUGUUGCACAGAUUUCCUCUUUUUGUCUAGAAAAGUUCGAGAACCUUUCUUCUUAGUCGCAUAUAAGGCCAGGGAAAGUAAUUACAGAUGGGAAAUUGCUGGAGGAAAAUGGUCUUUCCAUUGGAUUUUAUGAUGGAUUGACGUUUAAAUCAGAAAUAAUUAUUCGACGCUUAAAUGGCGAAUAAAUUCAUUCUUUUCAAGCUCUGGGGAACUUAUAAAAUUAUUAUUGCUCUGGUUUCUUGAUCAAUUUGAGAUUCAGGCUUAUCACGAAUUUUUUAAUUCAACCGUUCAUCAAUUUUUCUCGUUUCAAUUGAAAGGGACUAAUCAGUUUUUAUUAAUUAGAUAUCCAUACAAAUUUUAUUCGACUCGGCAAUUAUUUUAAACAAAUAGAAUAUCGAAAUUAAUCCUUCGCCUUGCGAUAUGCAAUCAUUUGAUAGCUGUUAUUUAAGGCUUGAUUGGAAUAGAAGAGACCGGGCAUUCGACACCGGUUCGUUCCGUUUCUCACGUUGCAACGCGAUGCAUAACUUAUCGAUGGAAAAUUUGAGACGUCCAGAGGGUAUCGUACACGACAAUUGCAUCGUGUGAUCGGACAUGUAUUCGAUGGGAACGGUGGUAGGGAUUCUCGUAGUCUAUAAAUGAAAAGUUCCGCUCGAUUGUUCGUCUGUUUCGCGAAACUCCGCUGGUGCUUGUAUCGAUCCGAAGCGUGGAAAACGUCAUCGAUAUACAAUGGAUCGUUUCCUACAUUUCGUUCUGUUGUUCGCCGUUUUGCCCUUUGCAAUACGAGGAGCCAUCGAAGAGGGAGGCUGCGAAUGCGCCGUGUUUCCGGCGGGAUCGUCAGUCUCAAUCAUCGAACGCCCUCUUCAAUAUAAUGUCACGUGCAACAGCGAAGGGGAGGCAAGAUGCCAAUUAUUGUGCGUCGCAUUGGCCCAAAGUGGCAGAGACAAGGCGCCGCAAAUGAUUUGCGAAAAAGUGAACGCCCAUGUGGAAAAUCUCGAAGUGGCGGUGUACUCGAAAAUAUGUAACGCGAUCAACUGGAAAUUCACCGGAUUGAAGAACUCGGACCUGAUAUGCUGCCACGAGGGGAAACCGAUACCUUGUUCCGGAUCGUUAUCGAUCAUCAAUGACUGGAUGGAUUCCAUCACUCCGUUGAAUCCAGCGACAUUCAGUAACUUCGAGGCUUCGAACACCAUUUCCUCUCGAAACUUUUCAAAUAAAGCCGACUAACAACAGGCCGGAAAGUUGAGAUACAUCCUGGAAAUCGUUCGAACGACUGCACCCGUUUGGAGAACUUGAAGAACCGAUAUGUUUGCCGAGCCUUCGAAGAAAGAAUCGAACAGACGUUAUUCCUUGUUUUUGGGAAAAGCUGUACCUCAGUCGAAUCGCAAGAAUAAACGAGGCCCCGUGUAGGUGGAUAAAGGAAAAGCAGGAUAGGAGGAAGAAACCACAAAACCAAUAGUGGCGUGCAAGCAUCUUUCACCGAGAAAAUAUUUCCCACUAGACGCUCCACCAGGAGUCUUAUAUACGAUCGGGAUCCAGACACGAGUAAACAUGAUUCUCUUCG